AACCCGACGUCUGCUCUGCCUCGACCGCCCGCCCGACUGCCACGAUGAAGAUCACCAACGGCGCGGUGCCCGUGUACACCAUCAGCGGCAGCGAGGCGCGCCCGCUGCCCGAAUGGCUGGUGCGCCGGCGCAAGCGCAGCCUCAAGAACGACGCCGAGUUCGCCAACCGCGUCGAGCUGCUGCAGGACUUUGGCUUCGAGGAGGCCAGCCAGUGCGUGCGCGUGAGCCCCGACGGCGACUGGGUCAUGUCCACGGGCACGUACAAGCCGCAGAUCCACGCCCACUACCUGCCGCACCUGUCGCUGUCCUUCGCCCGCCACACCAACACCCUCAACGAGACCUUCCGCAUCCUGUCCGCCGACUACACCAAGAGCGUGCACCUGCAGGCCGACCGCGUCAUCGAGUUCCACACGGGCGGCGGCGUGCACCACACCACCCGCAUCCCGCGCUACGGCCGCGACCUGGUCUACGAUGCCCGCGCCGCCGAGUGCCUGGUGCCCGCCGUGGGCGUCAACACGGCCGGCAUGGGCGAGGCCUUCCGCCUGAACCUCGAGGUCGGCCGCUUCAUGCGCAGCUACGAGAUCGACGUGGGCGGCGACGACGCCCUGGCCGCCCCCGGCUCGCUGCAGGGCGGCAUCGAGGCCGGCGCCGUCAACACGGCCGCCCUCGCCGAGGACAGCCACAACCUGCUCGCCUUUGGCACGUCGCUGGGCACCGUCGAGUUCUGGGACUCGCGCUCGCGCAACCGCGUCGGCAUCCUGUCCGCCCCGCAGGACGCCUUCGAGGGCCGCGCCGACGUCACCGCCCUCACCUUCCCGCGCUCCGGCCUGAACCUCGCCGUCGGCAACUCCAACGGCCUGAUUCACCUGUACGACCUGCGCUCGCCCACCCCGCUGCUGAAGAAGGACCAGGGCUACGGCUUUGCCAUCAAGAACAUCAUCUACCUCGAGAACAGCGCCUCCUCGCGCGCCCAGGUCUCCGAGCCCAAGAUCCUCACCGCUGACAAGCGCAUCAUCAAGAUCUGGGACCCGCAGACCGGCACCCCGUGGACCUCGGUCGAGCCCGCCGUCGACCUGAACCACGUCGAGUGGGUCAAGGACAGCGGCAUGCUGCUGACCGCCAACGAGGGCAAGCAGCAGCACUCGUUCUUCAUCCCCCAGCUCGGCCCGGCCCCCAAGUGGUGCGCCUUCCUCGACAACAUCGUCGAGGAGAUGGCCGAGGACCCCACCGACCCCAGCGCCUUUGGGACUGGCUCCUCCGGCGACGUCUACGACAACUUCAAGUUCCUCACCCCCGCCCAGCUCAAGACCCUCAGCCUCGACCACCUCAUCGGCACCACCAACCUGCUGCGCCCCUACAUGCACGGAUACUUUGUCGCCCAGAAGCUGUACGAAGAGGCCAAGCUCAUCUCCAACCCCGACAUGUGGCAGGAGCAGCGCCAAAAGUCCAUCGCCGACAAGAUCAACAAGGAGCGCGAGUCGCGCAUCCGCGGCAACAAAAAGGUCGCCGUCAAGGUCAACCAGGCCCUGGCCGCCAAGAUGCAGGCCAAGGAGGACGAGAAAGAGCGCCGCCGCGCCAAACGCGUCCUCAAGAACGGCGGCGACGACGCCAUGCCCGCCCCCGCCGUCGCCCCGGCCGCCGCCCCCGACAAACCCGCCGGCCUCCUCGCCGACUCGCGUUUCGCCCGCCUCUUCGAAGACGAGGACUUCCAGGUCGACGAGACCUCGCACGAGUUCCGCGCCAUCAACCCGAGUACUACCACGACCACCAUCCCCAAGGGCCUCACCGCCGCCGAAGCCGAGGCCCUCGACUCCGCCGCCUCCAACUCGGACUCGGACGCCGACUCGGACGCCUCCGCCGACGCCCCCGCCCGCCCCGUCCGCAAGGCCCCAGCCACGGACCGCAUCUCCUCCGCCUCGUACCGCAAAGCCGGCCACAACAACCCCAUGCAGAUGCAGAUCUCGACCUCGACAACCCCCAAGCGCGCGCCCAAAGCCGAUAAAUCCUUCGGCUCGCGCGUCUCCAAGCUGCAGACGCGCGCGCCCGCCAAGACCUCCACCACCGUCGUCGGCGAGCGCGAGAUCACGUUUGCGCCUGAGGGCAAGAAGAAGAGGGUUGAGGAUAAGGGGACGAGGCAUGAUCGCCGGAAGGAGAAUAAGAUUCGGAGUGCGAGUGGGAAUGCUUUUAGGGGGAUGUAGGGAUGUAAAUAAAAUACUGGACUGGGGAUGUGGGGAAGUAAAAGUGUAUUGUGGAGUUUUGUGGAUAUAUAGAUAGAGCAGGAGUAGGCGUUAAUGAUACCCAUCGCACCGCACCGCACCGCUUCCCAGCGCCUUCCAAGCCCCUCACUGGAAGAAUCAGAACCAAUCUCGUUACCCCGUUGCGGCUCUUCAGGCCCCAAACGCUAGAGACCCGGAAGCUGGGAGCUGGGAGCUG